AUGCCUCCAUCAAGACGCAGGACGAGACCAACCGAGCACGAAGAACCAGAGGAAGACAGUACACAGCUCACACAGGAGAACGGUGAUGGAUCGGCAGAAGAAGCAACUGGAGACGAAGGGAGCGAAAGUGAAGACCCGAAUCGCGCUGCAGACGAGCAGCUGGCAAAGAAGUUGGUCCGCUACGCCCUGUCAUGCGAGUAUUCACGAACCCCGAUACGACGUGACGGAAUCAAGGAAAGAGUCCUUGGAAACCAGGGCAGAGCCUUCAAGAGAAUAUUCGCCCUGGCGCAAAAACAGCUGCGCACCAUUUGGGGAAUGGAGCUCAGGGAGCUGCCUGUCCGCGAGAAAAUGUCGCUGCAAGAGAAGCGCCAGGCCAUGAAGUCGAAUGUGCAGCCCAAGACCGGCUCUGGCGCCUACAUCCUCACCUCAGUCCUGCCUGCCGCAUACCGCUCCGCCGCCAUCAUAGCGCCGUCCAGAAUCCCGACCGUCGAAGCCGAAGCUACAUAUCUUGCCUUUUACACCAUGGUCGUAUCGCUGAUCUGGCUCAAUGCCAACGAGCUCAGUGAACCGAAGCUGAUGCUCUAUCUGACGCGACUCAACGCCAACAAAAAUGUCGUUAGCGAAGCGACGGAACUGACGCUCAAGCGCAUGGAGCGGCAGGGCUACGUGGUGCGCAAGGUGGACCGGCCGCCCGUAGGGCACGAAGGCGAGAAUACAGUGACAUGGCACAUUGGCCCGCGCGGAAGAGAGGAGAUUGGUCUCGACGGCGUCAUGGGAUUCGUGCGAGAAGUAUACGGCGAGUCGAACGACGAUCUGGAGAAGAAAUUGCGUUCCAGCCUCGGAAUCAAGCAAACACGAGAAGAUGCUGACGGGGAUACUAUCAUGUGA